AUGAAUCCUGCCCAGCAGCACCAAAAGUUCGCCCCAGGCGGCCUCCGCAAUGCUGGGCUCCCACAAAUCCAGCAACAGCAGCCAGGCCAGGGCCAGGGCCAGCAGCAGCAACAACAGCUCACACCGCAGCAGCGCCAACUUAUGAUUCAGAAGAUGCAGCAACAACAGCAACUUGGGAUGAUGGAGAGACCACCGAGCUCGAUGAGCAUUUCUGCACCGCAACCACAGGGCGCUGGAGGAAUGAUGCCGCCCCCGCCUCCACGCCCCAGCACAGCAAUGGGCGGUCAAGUCAAUCCCAACGCGUUUCCCUCAGCCUCGCGUCCAGGAACUUCAAUGUCCCACCGCUCACCAGCAAUCGACCAACAGGGUCCUUCACAACAAGAAAUUGCCCAGCAGCGCCAACUCAUCAAUCAGCAGAUCCAGGCGCAGCUCACUGCAGCCGGUCUCACCGUUCGCGACCUCACCCCUCAGCAGCACCAGAACGUUCAGCAACAGAUCCAGACAGGCAUGCAGGACUUUUACAGAAAAUGGCAGCAGCAGAGAAUGGCCCAGAUGCAGCAGCAACUUCUACACCAGCAGCAGCAGCAGCAGGCAGGGCAACCACGGCCAGGCUCGAGGAUGGGAAUCCACCAAUCACCACCUCCGACACCUCAAGACCCCAACGCCUCAACUUCUCACCAACCACAACCUCAGCAAGGCGGCGCUGGAUCGCCCACCGCACCAGGCACCCCGACACAGGCACCUUCCAGCCCGUCGUUCCUGCGCGGCGCGAAGCGCAAGCUCGACAGCGACGGUACCAACCCUAGUCCCAGUCCCGGUUUGAUGAACCCCCAGCAGCAGCAGCAAAUGAAUGGCCAGCAACAACAGCAGCUGAACGCACUACAACAGCAGCAACUGGCCGCGAUGCGUCAAAGACAAACUGCCAGCCCCCGGCCUGAUGGUAUGGGUAUGAACAUGGGCAUGAUGGGUGGCAUGGGCAACAUGGCGGGUAUGAAUAACAUGGGCAUGGGAGGUGGUGGAGGCACAGUCAAUCCCAUGAUGCUUGACGGUUUUGGCGGUGGCAACGCGAACAACAUGGGCAUGGGCACAGUCAACCCGGCCAUGCUCUCCUCGCCGUCGCAGUCGAAUCAGCAAACGCCUCAACCCCAGGGCCAAGGUCAGCAAGGCAACCAGCAGCAGCAACAGCAACGCCAACGCCAGCCUUCGAUGCCCAUGUCGACCCCCAUUCCCGCCGCACCAUCAAUAUCUGCAUCGUCGUCUUCGACCUCUGUCGGCGGUGGGAACAUGGGUAUGAACAUGGGAGGAAACGCCAUGCCGGGGACACCUCAACGCCAAAGCUCACUACCGCCACCUGGAACACCCACUCUUGGCGGCACAAAUCUCAUGUCAAAUAGUCCUUUAGGGGCUGCUGGUAUGGGUAACAUGGGCAUGGGCAACGUCGGGAGCAACAUGGGUAUGGGUGGCGGUAUGAACCACAUGGACAUGAACGCGAUGGGUCUCAACUCGAUGGGCAUGAACAACCUCAACGCGAUGAACAAUAUGGGCGGCCUCAACUCAAUGAACAAUAUGGGUAUGAACCUCAACAUGGGCAAUAUCGGAGGCAUGAACAAUUCAAUCACACCCAAUACAGGCAUGAACCCUCAAAUGAACAACCUCGCCGGAAUGAACCCCAUGUCACCGAUGCCCAACCAGAUGAACAUGUCGAAUAUGGGCGGAAUGGGUAACAUGGGCAUGAACAAUAUGGGUAACAUGGGUGGAAUGAACGCCAAUGCUCUCAAUGCCAUGGGUGGCAACAACAUGGGUAUCAAGCCUGGGAUGGUUUCUGGUACGUCUCAACACCUUUUCCUUUCAAUUGGCCUGAAAUACGAGCGUAUCGGUUGCCAGGUGGUGUAG